UAGGGCCACCGGUUCAUACGAGGUCGUCACGGCGACUUCAAUAUGGUACACAAUGGUUAUACACAAUCGUUUACAACUAACGUUCACUGACUUGUUCAAUUGAAUGCAUUUUUCCUAUGCAAGUUGUGCAAUUUACACCCCAAACAAGUGCAAUUCCUCGCGUGCAAAUGAAGCACUUUUCAAGCAUCUGUAACUGCGGGGAACUCUUUUUUCCUCAAACAUGCACAGCCAAGGAUGGUGAAGUUGGAUUUGAAAUUUAAAUUGCAUUUUUUCCCUCACAGCUGCUUUCCAGUUGCCCAGCCCAGCCAGCUGAGCCAAUCGUUUGUUCGCCCAAAAAAAAAAGCCGGCACUAUAAAAGGAAGGUACAACUUUUCUCCCGCUGUACAGUAAACUAAUUUCAACUAUCGACUAGUACGGAGAAACUGCAGCUCACGAACUGGUAAUCAUGAGAUUCUGCUGCGUCGCACUCAUCGGGCUGUUGUUGUGCUCUGUGCAGAGCGUCACAGCCAACGAUCCAGUCGAUGCACUGGGUGCUUGCAGUGGUAAUUUGUUUGGUCUGCUUAUGACACGACUUCAGCAGAUGGUCGAGGACUUUACAGCGUGCCGCCAGGAAGCGACUGCCAACGAUCCUCAACACGAUUGCAGCGAUAGUAUACAGCGUGCAAAGGUUGAUCUGCAGCAGCAGUUGGUUAAUUACAGUUACUGUACUAAGAAUAUACAAUAAUUGAAGGUGUUGCUGUUGGUCUAUUAAAACCAUGGUGUAAUAAAUGAUUAUGUGCUGAAUAUAUUAC